GCCGCCAUGUCGGCCGCCGGCUGCGAUCCGAUGCUGACAAAGCUGGAGAUCGAGGACCUGAGGAAGAGUGCGGGAACGGCCGACGAGGUCGGGUGUCCACCGGAGAUGGCCGUGUCGGAGCCCGGGGGCAGCGCGGCGGGAUCAGUAAGAUUCAAAGAUGUGACUAUGGCCUUUACCCAGAAGGAAUGGGAGCAACUGGAUCCUGCUCAGAGGAACCUGUACAAGGAUGUGAUGCUGGAGAACUACAGCAGCCUUGCUUCAAUGGGAUAUCAAGCUGCCAAACCGGACAUGAUCUCCAAGUUGGAAAAAGGAGAAGAGCCGUGGUUGGGGAAGGGGAAAAGACCCAGUCAAGGUGGUCCGAGUGAAAUAGCAAGACCCAAGCAAAUAGGAGCCCGUGGAAAAGUCCAGCAAGAUGAUGACCAGCUAGAGAAUCACCAGGAAUCUCAAAAAAAACUCCUUAGGGAAGUUGCAUUUAAGAAAAAAACUCUGACUAAGAAGAAAGGCCAUGAAUGUAGUUCAUUGGGGGAAAAAAAUGUGAGUACAAAACAUCCUCCUUCAAAAAAAAAGCUUCUUAAAUUUGAGUCACAUGGUAAAAGUUUGAAACAGAAUUUAGAUUUACCUGAUCAUAGAAGAAACUAUGUAAAAAAGAAACCUGAUGUAGCUAAAGAGCAGAGAAAAUCAUUCAGCCAUAGCUUAUCUGAUACAAAGAAAGAAAAAAAUCAAACUGGAAAGAAACAUGAGAAAUUAUCCAACCAAAACCCUUCUAAUAAGCAUGACAAAACUCAAACUGGUAAGAAACGUGAGAAAUUAGGUCAUCCCAUACACAGCUCUUCCCAUACUAAAUGGGACAAAAUUCAAACUGGAGAGAAACAUGAGAAAUCAUCCAGCCAUAGCUUAUCUCCUACUAAGCAUGAAAAAACCCAAGCUAAAGUGAAACCCUAUGAAUGUAAUCAGUGUGGGAAGGUUCUCAGCCAUAAACAAGGACUCGUUGACCAUCAGAGAAUUCAUACUGGGGAGAAACCAUAUGAAUGUAAUGAAUGUGGGAUAGCUUUUAGCCAAAAGUCACACCUUGUUGUACAUCAGAGAACUCACACUGGAGAAAAACCAUAUGAAUGUAUUCAGUGUGGCAAAGCCCACAGUCAUAAACAUGCCCUCACUGACCAUCUAAGAGUUCAUACUGGGGAAAAGCCCUAUGAAUGUACUGAAUGUGGGAAAACCUUCAGACACAGUUCAAACCUUAUUCAACAUGUGAGAUCUCAUACAGGUGAGAAGCCCUAUGAAUGUAAGGAAUGUGGAAAAUCCUUUAGGUAUAAUUCAUCUCUUACUGAACAUGUGAGAACUCAUACAGGUGAAAUACCAUAUGAAUGUAAUGAAUGUGGAAAAGCCUUUAAGUAUAGCUCAUCUCUUACUAAACAUAUGAAAAUUCAUACAGGUGAAAAACCCUUUGAAUGCAAUGAAUGUGGGAAAGCUUUCAACAAGAAGUCACACCUCAUUAUACAUCAAAGAACUCAUACUAAGGAGAAACCCUAUAAAUGUAAUGAAUGUGGAAAAGCCUUUGGACAUAGCUCAUCUCUUACUUACCACAUGAGAAUUCAUACAGGUGAAAGUCCCUUUGAAUGUAAUCAAUGUGGGAAGGCCUUCAAACAAAUUGAAGGCCUUACUCAACAUCAGAGAAUUCAUACUGGGGAGAAACCCUAUGAAUGCAUUGAAUGUGGGAAAGCCUUUAGCCAAAAGUCGCACCUCAUUGUACACGAGAGAACUCAUACUGGGGAGAAACCCUAUGAAUGUAAUGAAUGUGGAAAAGCCUUCAAUGCAAAGUCACAACUUGUUAUACAUCAAAGAUCCCACACUGGAGAGAAACCCUAUGAAUGUAAUGAAUGUGGGAAAGCCUUCAAACAAAAUGCAUCCCUUACCAAACAUGUGAAAACUCAUUUAGAAGUGAAAUCUCCUGAGUGAAAUGGAUGUGGGAAAUCUUUUGAAUGAACUGAAGGUUGUAUUUUACCUUAGAAGUCUUCUGAAUUUCAAGAAUGUUAGAAGGCCUUUAAUAAGAAGUUCCAGCACGUUACACAUGAGAGAAUUUGAAAGUGAAGCUUCACAUAGAAGCAAUAGAUGGAGAAUUUAAACUUGAUACCAAACCUUCUAUGGAAAAUAUUGUUUUCUAAAUCUCAAUUAUUAUAAAUGAUGUAUGUGUUCAGAUUGAAAUAUAAAGCUUUUAAAAUUGUUAAUAAGUUGAAUAAUCAGAGCAAUAGCGAAAACAAAUUACAUAUGCUAAGAAUUCCUGAGUUGCUUGAGUGUUGUGUACUUAAGCACCACACAUGAGAAGUGAAUUUGCAUAUCUGCUUAUUGCCAUAUAUAAAUGUGUGUGGCCAUUGGUAUGGGUCUCAUCUUUGAUAUUAUCACCCAGCUCUUUCUUAAUGUCUCUGUUAGCUUCUGCAUCAGUAGAAAACUUUAAAAAAGAGUUAUUAUUGGUGCCAGUCCCAUGGCCAAGUGGUUGGGUUCGUGCGCUCUGCUGUGGUGGCCCAGGGUUUCGUUGGUUGGAAUCCUGGACGUG